ACUGUUUGGUCGAGUGUACGAUGUGCUGCCAGAGAGCCAGCAGGCAUUACACUGAAAGAGCCAGAGAGGGAGGGUGAGAAGAGAAAAGUGUGAGUGGAUUUCAGCGCCGACUUACGAGCCUUUAUCUGAUGCUUUCCAGCCGUUCCUUCUCAAGCGAAUUCUCCAGGCUCAUACAGAACUCUUUGUGUUUUUGUUUUGCUUCCUGCGUCUUUCUCUUUCUUCAGGCAAGAUCUGUCUACCAACGAGAUUCUAGAAGGCAACACUGCAGUGUGGGUUUCACCAACGAACCCCACUGAGAUGGGAUGUACCACUGGCCACCUGCCUUGCCAACCCCAACCCCUGGAGGGUCAGUGCCUAGAGGCCGGUGGUGCAAAAGUCCCAGAAGUGCUGUCCUCACUGGAGCGUCUGUCCCAAGCCACUGGGGGCAUGGAAAAGUCAUGGUACCGCUGCAUCUUCCCCUUUGGAAUCAUCUCUCUGGUGAUUGGUGUAGCAGGAACAGGGGUGACCUACACCUACAAUGACCUCCCUCAGACUAAAGUGGUGUCAGUAGUUCUACUCGUAAUGGGCCUGGUGCUGCUGGUGAUGGCUACAGUCUGCUGGACUGUGCACAAGAAGAAGAAAAGGAAAAAGAAAGAGGGAGGCUCUUUAACCUCUGAGCAGUGCCCCUUGUAGAAGCAAAGAUGGAAAUGGUUAUAUGACUGAGACACUAGGGACAUGCACAGUGACAGGAGCACGAGAAGCCGCCGCUACAGCCACCCUCACCACCAGGUACAACCCAGAUCCCUUCUAGUCUUUAUUGAAGAGUUUAGCUCAGCUGAUAUGGGAGACAACUUAUGAAGA